CCGGUGGCCCUGAGGGAGUGCGGGCCGGGGGAGGACCCCAAGAGUAGGAGGCGGAGAGGCAGCAGGUCUGCGGGUCUAAGUGUCGCGGCGGCGCACUCGUGGCGAGCAUCGGGAGAAGCAGGAGACAGCAAGGAUAGGCCCAGGAGCGAUGGCGUCCAAAAAGGAACAAGCAGUAAAAAAUCUCAGCAUGGAAAAUGCCCCACAAGAAAACGAAGGAGAGGACCAGGCCCCUUUGCAGAAUGGAGAGGAAUCACGCGAUUUGGGAGGGGGAGAAGGCCAGAAGCCUGGAGGAAAUGUCAGGCUGGGGCGAGUUAGGCGCCUUGUCCCCAAUUUUCGAUGGGCCAUACCCAACAAGCAUGUUGAGCACAAUGAAGUGAGAGUUAAAGUAGAAAAGUCUGUAGGGCAGAUGGUGGAGAUCAAGAGAAAGGUCAGGAAGCAACAAAUGAAGCAUCAUGUGCGCUUCCAAACUCCUGAACCUGACAAUCAUUAUGACUUUUGCCUUAUACCUUGAAUCUUAAGGCUUUCCCUGAGGCGAAUAAUGUGGCCUCUGCUCUACAUGCUUGUAGUUUUGUGAUUUACUUUUUCUGUAAACCUUUUGAUGUUUCCACUUACCAGUUUCUAAUCGAAUAUUGUUUUGUCUCAGCAAAAAACUUUCUGUCCAGCAGGGCAAUUUCGUCCAGUUACAGGGAAAAAAAUUCAUUUCAUAAUAUGAAAUUAAUAAAGCAGUUUAAAAAGCAA